CCCUCCCUCCAUCCACCCCAUCGAGUCACCGACAGGGGCGUCUCCUCCCUCCCCCCAUAAACGCAGCCUCACGCACACGCCUCCGCUCCCAGCCCAAACCCAACGCCACCAAUUCAACCGCGACCUGACCCAACCCCCACCCAUUCCCACCUCUUCCUACUCUUCCCCAGAUCCGCGUGCUCGCGGGCGGCGACGACCGAGAAGCGAUGACGGCGAAGGGCGGCGCCUCGCCGUCCCCCGGCGGUGCGGGUGCCGGCGCGGCGGGGACCGGGCGCCUCUUCACGGUGGGGCUCGUCACCGCGUGGUACUCCUCCAACAUCGGCGUGCUCCUGCUCAACAAGUACCUCCUCAGCAACUACGGCUUCAAGUACCCAAUCUUCCUCACCAUGUGCCACAUGUCCGCCUGCGCCCUCCUCUCCUACACCGCCAUCGCCUGGCUCCGCAUCGUGCCCAUGCAGCUCGUCCGCUCCCGCCUCCAGCUCGCCAAGAUUGCCGCGCUCAGCCUCGUCUUCUGCGGUUCCGUCGUCUCCGGGAACGUCUCGCUCCGGUACCUCCCCGUCUCCUUCAACCAGGCCGUCGGUGCCACCACGCCCUUCUUCACCGCCGUCUUCGCAUACAUCAUGACCGUCAAGCGCGAGUCAUGGGUCACCUACCUCACCCUCGUCCCCGUUGUCACCGGAGUCAUCAUCGCUAGCGGAGGCGAGCCUAGCUUUCAUCUGUUUGGAUUCAUCAUGUGCAUUGGAGCCACUGCUGCAAGGGCAUUGAAGACAGUGUUGCAAGGAAUUCUGCUGUCUUCUGAGGGGGAGAAGCUUAAUUCUAUGAAUCUGCUCUUGUACAUGGCUCCAAUUGCUGUUAUUCUCUUGCUUCCUGCAACUAUCUUUAUGGAGGACAAUGUUGUCGGUGUAACAAUUCAACUGGCUAAAAAGGACUUCACGAUUGUUUGGUUGCUAUUGUUCAAUUCUUGCUUGGCAUAUUUUGUCAAUUUGACCAAUUUCUUGGUGACCAAACAUACCAGUGCACUGACUCUGCAGGUUCUCGGGAAUGCUAAGGGUGCCGUGGCAGUUGUCAUCUCAAUUAUGAUAUUCAGGAAUCCUGUGUCUGUAACCGGAAUGCUCGGUUACACUCUUACAGUUAUAGGUGUUAUUCUUUACAGUGAAUCUAAAAAGCGGAGCAGCAAACCGUGAACGCCCAAGUAGACAGUAGAUAUGGCCAUCCUUUCUCUGUCCACUCAGUGCCCAGAGCUAAUCAGCUAAAAUAUGAUGGAGAACUUAAUCGGGGCGAUUGUAACAAAUCCUAUGCCAUAUGGUGCCUCAGUCAUUGGACAGCGAGGAUAGAAGUCCAAUAAUACCUGUAGUAUUUCCUUGGGAUCUAGGAGGCAUUUUGUUUUGCUAAUGGAGAUGAUCGAUAGAAUAUAAUUUUUUUGUGUUAGAGAAUUGUGGCUCACACUGCCAGCAUUGGUUAAUACGUUUAGUUAUUGGAAAUUGCUUUCUGUUAUUCAUCUGUUUUGUAAGUUCAAGCUGCCCCAUUCUCCUCUUCUGAAGACUGCCUGUACCAAACUUUGGACCUCCUAAUAUAUUAUGACAUUGAAUUUAAGCUCA